AUGUUUUGCUGCUUCGUGGCGCUCAUGAAGAACGUCGCGGGUCCCGAUGUCCUGAUGCUCGGGUCGCUCGCCAUGAUGCUCGCGGCGAAUAUCAUGGACAUACCCGACGGCCUGAAGGGCUUCAGCAACAAGGGGUUGCUGACCGUGGCGUGCCUAUUCGUCGUCGCCGCGGGCAUCAGCAACACCGGCGCGCUCGACUACUACAUGAGUAAGCUCCUCGGCACGCCCAAGACGGUGGCGAGCGCGCAGGUCCGCCUCAUGGUCCCCGUCGCGUUCGUCUCCGCGUUCCUCAACAACACCCCGGUGGUGGCCAUCAUGAUCCCGAUCCUGCAGAAGUGGUCGAAGAAGUGCGGCAUCUCCCCGUCGCAGCUGUUCAUCCCCCUAUCCUUCGCGUCCAUCCUCGGCGGCACGUGCACCCUGAUCGGCACGUCCACCAACCUCGUCGUGGAGGGCAUGAUGCGCGAGAGGUACCCGGACGCGCGACCCAUCGGCAUGUUCGACCUCUCCAUGUACGGCGUGCCCGUCGCGCUCUCGGGCUUCGCCUACAUCCUCAUCUUCUCACCGUUCCUCCUCCCGGGCGGCAAGAGGACGGGCGGCGACGCGGGCGGCGGGGACAUUCGCGCGAUGACGGAUUUCACCUGCCCCAUGAGGGUCAUCCCCGGCGGCGCCGCGGACGGCAAGACGCUCGUGCUCGCCGGCCUGAGGGGGCUGCCCGGCCUCUUCCUCACGGCGAUCCACCAGACUGGCGCGGAGAGCGAGGCGAUGACCGCUCCCGGACCCGAUUACGUUUUAUCGGGCGGCGACGUCCUGUGGUUCGCGGGUGACGCCGCGGGGAUCCAGUCCCUGCGUCGCAUCCCCGGCAUCCUCGCCGAGAACAAGCAGGUGGAUAAGCUCAAGCUCCACAAGACGGCCAGGCGGCUCAUCCAAGCGGUCGUCGCGGUUCAGUCGCCGCUCAUCGGGAACACGGUGAGGGACGCCCGGUUCCGAACCCAGUUCGACGCGGUCAUCAUCGCGGUGCAGCGCUCGGGCGGCAGGAUCCAGGCCAAGAUCGGCGACAUCGUCCUCCAGGCCGGUGACGUGCUCCUGCUCGACACGGGCUCGUCCUUCCUCAAGCUGUACAAGAGCGAUCCGGCGUUCGCGCUGGUUUCUGAGAUUGAAAACUCAGCCCCGCCGCAGUUUGAGAAGCUCCUCCCGGCGUGUGGCACCGCGGUGGUCAUGAUCAUAACCUUCGUCGUCGGCGCGCUGGACCUCUUCGUCGCGGCUCUCUUGGCGUCCGGCGUGAUGCUCGCGACCGGCUGCCUGACCCAAAACGCGGCCAGAAAGUCGGUGAAGUGGGAGGUCAUCACCACAAUCGCCGCCGCCUUUGGCAUCUCGGCGGCGAUGGAGCAAUCCGGCGUCGCGGGGGAAAUCGCCAAAACGCUCGUGGAGGGCGCCUCCGGCACGGGCUCGGGCACCCCCGGCGUGCUCAUCGCCGUGUACAUCGCCACGUUCUUCCUGUGCAACGUCGUGGGCAACAACGCCGCGGCCGCGCUGAUGUACCCCAUCGCCGCGGGAGCCGCCGAGGGCCAGGGCGUGGACCGGGACCAGAUGUCGUUCCUGCUCAUGCUCGCGGCGUCCGCGUCGUUCAUGUCGCCGUUCGGGUACCAGACCAACCUGAUGGUCUACGGCCCGGGCGGAUACGUGUUCAACGAUUUCCUGCGCUUCGGCCUGCCCAUGCAGAUCUGGCAGAUGGUGGUGAGCGUCGGCGUCGUUCUCCUCAAGGAUCUCUGGUGGGUCGGCUGGAUAGCCGCGUUUGGCGCGGUGGGAAUAAUCUUGGUGGUGAGGCAGAUCAGCGCCAACAUCGGGAGGGUGAGGGAGUGCAUCGAGGCGCCGGAGAGUCCCAAGCAGGGCAAGGGGCUCGCGGGGAUGGUUUGA